AUGACUGCCACCUUUUUCCAAGACAUCGUCCAACAGUUCGUUCUCUCUAAGGAGCAGGUCCAGAAUAUCAUCAAUGGUUUGACUGAGGAGCUUGUCGAGGGUCUUUCCACCAACGACCCCAAGAACAUCACCCAGCAGCCUUCUUUCAUCACCCGUCUUCCUACUGGUAAGGAGACUGGCCUCUAUCUUGCUAUCGACAUGGGCGGCACGAACCUGCGUACUGCUGCAGUUCACUUGCUCGGCGACGGACAGGUUGGUGUCACCAUGGAGAAACACGAAAUCACCCAGGAACUCAAGACUGGAACUGGUGAAGCGAUGUUUGACUGGAUUGCUGAUUGCACUGCUGCACUCUUGAAGACCGUUGCCCUUGAUAUGGGCAACGCUGAACUUCAGAUGGGCGUCACUUUCUCCUUUGCUAUCCAGCAAACUGCCAUUAAUCGCGGCAAAGUUUUGGCCAUGGGCAAAGGCUUCAACCUUUCAGACGUGAUGGGAAAGGACCUUAAGGAUCUUCUUGAGGAUGGAUUUACCCGCAAGGGUCUUAAUGUCAAAGUUUCGGCUAUCAUCAAUGACACUGUUGGAACCCUUGUCUCCCAUGCCUAUGUCUCCCCCUCGACCAAGAUCGGCGUUAUCCUCGCCACUGGUACCAACGCUGCCUACAUUGAGCGUGCCUCAGAAGUGUCCAAGUAUAACGGUCCUCCCUGUGACCAGAUGAUUUUGAACACCGAGUGGGAUGCCAUGGGUAAAGCCUCAUACCUCCCCCAGACCAAGUAUGAUAAGCAGAUCGAUGCUGUGUCCCUUGUCCCUGGAUUCCAGGAGUUUGAGAAGAUGAUUUCUGGCCUCUACUUGGGAGAACUCGUCCGUUUGGCCCUUGUUGAUCUCAUUGAACAGAAUGCCAUCUUUGAAUUCUUGGGUGGCAAGGUCCCUGAAAGCCUUAGCCACCGUCUUGCCUUCAAGACCUUGUUCAUGUCGACCAUUGAGUCCGACCAUACUCCUGACCAUACCAGUGUUGAUAAAGUCUUUAAGACCAGCUUCGGUAUUGAAGGCUUGACCAGCCAGGACCGCACACGUGUCUAUGAGUUGGUUCAUGCUGUUGGAAAGCGCUCUGCUUUGAUGACUGCUGCUGCCUGUGUUGCCCUUCUAUACAAGGCUAACGGUGCCUCUGUCCAGCUGGAUGACCCUAACGAAAUUACCACGAUUGGCAUUGAUGGAUCUGUUUUUGAGAAAUACCCUCAUUUCUCUCAUAGUAUGAUGGAAUCUAUGACUGAGAUCCUGGGUCAAGAGCGCGCUUCUCGUAUUCGCCUCGAGCUUGCUCGCGACGGUGGAUGCAUUGGUGCUGCAUUGGUGGCCAUGGUUGCCCAUAAUGGUGGUGCUGUUUAA